AUGUUGCACAGACUCUUUCCGCUCACUACAUUCCUCCUGACAAGGUCGGCUUUGGCCGUACCGGUGCCAGGUGCAGUCGACUCAGCCCUUGCUAAGCGGGACAUGAUCUGCUUUGACGCCCCGACUAGAACAGUGACUGUCACUAUUGAUAGCAACGGGCAGCCACAGAAUACGCCAGCUCCUGUCAAACCUGUAACCCAGACAGCCUCUAUCGUCAUCCCCUCUGGCACAAGUGUUGCCCCUCCACCUCCCGGAAGCACCAAGUCUCGGUCUUCUCAGACAGCCAUUCCCACUGCCACUUAUACAUCUGGGGCUAGUAAUCCCUUCCAGUCUGCUGGCAGCGGUUCAGGGUACAGAAGUGUGUUGUACUUUACCAACUGGGGUAUCUACGGUGCCAACUACCAGCCUCAAGACUUACCCGUCGAUACCGUCACCCACAUUCUCUACUCCUUUGCUGAUAUUGCUGCGGAUGGUGAAGUGAAGUCUUCCGACACAUAUUCUGAUAUCGAGAAGCACUACUCAACCGACUCUUGGAACGACGCUGGCCGCAACGCCUAUGGUUGCGUGAAGCAGCUCUAUCUCCUCAAGAAGAAGAACCGCCGCCUCAAAGUCCUCCUCUCUAUCGGCGGUUGGACUUAUUCGCCCAAGUUUGCCCCCAUCGCCGCCACGCCUGAAGGGCGCAACCGCUUCGCUUCCAGUGCGGUGAAGCUUCUUGCCGACUGGGGUUUUGACGGCCUGGACAUCGACUGGGAAUAUCCUACCAAUCGGAAAGAGGCCGAUAACUACGUUCUUCUGCUCAAAGCAUGCCGGGACGCCCUGGAUGCUUACUCGGCCAAAAACGCCCGAGGAUACAAGUUUCUCCUCACCGUUGCCAGCCCCGCCGGCCCGGCAAACUACGGUAGCAUGAAUCUCGAGGGCAUGGACGAGUUUGUCGACUUUUGGAACCUGAUGGCAUACGACUACGCGGGAUCCUGGGACGUGACAACGGGACACCAGUCCAACAUCUACCUCAACGACCAGAACAAGGCGGCCACCAAGUUCAGCACCGAAAAGGCCGUCCAGGACUACUUUUCCCGGGGCAUCGGCGCGGCCAAGAUCACGCUCGGGCUCCCGCUCUACGGCCGGUCCUUUGCGUCCACCGACGGCCUGGGCAAGCCCUUUAGCGGCGUGGGCGACGGCUCCAUCGAGCGCGGCGUCUGGCUUUACAAGGACCUUCCGCGGCCGGGCGCGGCUGUGACCUACGACGACACGGCAAAGGCCAGCUACAGCUACGACGCCACAAAGAGGGAACUCGUCACUUACGACACGGUCGGCUCGGCCGCGGAGAAGACGCGAUACCUAAAGCAGAAGGGCCUGGGUGGCGCCGUCUUUUGGGAGGCGAGCGGUGACCGCAAGGGCGACCAGAGUCUGGUUGGCACGGUUGUGAGGGGGCUGGGCUCGGCUGCGUUGGACAAUUCGACCAAUCUGCUGACGUACCCGGUCAGUCAGUACGAUAACAUACGGAAUGGGAUGCCGGGUGUUUGA